GGAAGGCAAGGUUGACAACCCCCAUACCGGAAAGAGUGGUAUGGCCUACGUGAGGUCAUAGAGGUCAGGUCUGACGUUGUGAACAUUUGGGUAUGCGAAGAUUUGCAGCGAUGGUCGACAGCGAAGUGGGCCGUGCUCUGCGCUCUGUUCUCGAUCGUGUACAGACUGCGGCUGCUAAACGGCCCGAGCAUCUGCCAAAAGUACAGCCUCGUUUGGUGGCAGUCACCAAGACCAAACCCAAGGAACUGAUCCUGUCUGCAUAUAAAGCUGGUCAGAGGCACUUUGGGGAGAAUUAUGUGCAAGAACUGACAGAUAAAGCAUCAGAUCCAGAGAUUGUAGGCCAGCUAAAUGACAUCAGAUGGCACUUCAUUGGACACCUGCAAAGGAAUAAAGUCAAUAAGGUCACUGGUAUACCAAACCUUUAUAUGGUGGAAACUGUUGACUCAGAGAAGCUAGCUACGGCCAUCAAUGCAUCCUGGGAAAAAUUGGGCAGAACAGACAGGUUGAAAGUCAUGAUCCAAGUCAACACCAGCAGGGAAGAACAAAAACAUGGUACAUCCCCUGAGAAGGUGUGUGACCUGUAUAAGCAUGUUGUGGAGAAUUGUCCACACCUGCAAGCCGUGGGGAUCAUGACUAUAGGUGUGUACGACUAUGACCUGCGCAACGGACCAAACCCAGACUUCCAGGUGCUCCUGGAGUGUAGAACAAAUAUAUGCCAGACCUUCAACCUCCAACCUGAAGAUGUGGAACUGAGCAUGGGCAUGUCUACAGACUUUGAACAUGCUAUUGAAGUGGGCAGUACAAAUAUCAGAGUUGGCAGCACCAUUUUUGGAGCAAGACAAUAUCCAGGCUCUAAACCUCCUCCGAAGACCACACCCAACAACCCAAAUGCCACACCUAACGACCAGCAGCAGCAGACAACUACUGACAAAGUGGAGAGCACCAGACAAAAAUUAGAUGCUGUAAAUGUGAACUCAUAAUAUGAAAAAAAGUUGAACUUUUUAGCAGCAGUGAAUGAAAUUGAAAAUCCAAACUGCUACUAUGCAGGGAGGAUUCCAGUUCCUAUGGAAACUCUUAUUUAUCAGAAGUGUGAGAAAUAAAAGGCUUUUAGUGCAAAUGCA